AUGGCGACGGACUCGGAGAAAGAGAACGCCUUUGCUGGGCUAGAGAAGGCUAGGCCGAGCCAUGUUGAGGACGGCGUCGGCGGGCUUGCGCUCGACGAGGAAACCAACAAGAAGCUCCUCCGACGCAUCGACUGGCGGGUCAUGCCUGUUCUCUGCUUUACUUACGCCCUGCAAUUUUACGAUAAAGCCCUCCUCAGCCAAGCCGCCAUCUUCGGUCUCCGCGCUGACCUCGGGCUGGAAGAUGGCCUGACGUACUCCUGGGCCUCGCUCAUCUUCUACUUCGGCUACAUAGCUGGCACCUACCCGGUCUCGCUCCUGGCGCAGCGCUAUCCAACUCGCAUCGUGCUAACAGUCAUCUGUCUGCUCUGGUCGGUCGUCGUGCUGACUACACCGGCUUGUCGAAACGCCAAGGACUUCUUGGUCAAUCGUUUCUUUCUCGGGCUGAUCGAGGCGGGCGUAUCGCCGAUUUUCAUGCUGGUCGUGGGGCUGUGGUACACACAUGCCGAGCAGGUAUCGCGAUCGAGUUGGUGGUACUCUUUCAGCGGCGGCUCACUGUUGGUGUCGCCGUUGAUCAACUAUGGGCUAGGCCACAUUCAAGGCGGGCGACUGCAGCCGUGGCAAUACAUGUACCUGAUUGCAGGCAGUGCCACGACGAUUUGGGGCGUUGCCUUGUGGUGGCUAUUCCCUGAUACACCGCAGAACGCUAAGGGUUUCACGGAGGAGGAGAGAGCGUUAUUGGUUGAGCGGGUCAGGGGGAACAAUGCCGGGGCGGAGAAUAAGGAGUUCAAGUUGUACCAGGUGUUAGAGGCGCUGCGGGACUACCGUAUGUGGGGAUUGUGUGUGCUCUCAAUCGUGUCGUGCACUGGUUCCGCGGCGGUGACGGUGUUUGCGCCAAUUGUCUUCAACGGAAUGGGGUUCGGAGUGUUUGAGUCGCUGCUGCUCAACCUGCCCAUCGGUGCGCUGGCGUUUAUUUGUAUCCUUGGGUCGGGGUACAUCGGCCGGUUCGUCCCGAACGCACGGUUCCAUCUCAUCUCGAUCUCAUGUCUCCCAGUCAUCCUGGGUUGCGCGUUGUUAUGGCAACUCCCCUCGUCUAAUGUGGCAGGGCGCAUCGCCGGAUACUAUCUGAUCAACUUCUUCUCCGCGGCGUGGGUGCAAUGCAUUGGCUUGGGCACUUCCAACGUGGCCGGCCAUACGAAAAAGUCCGUCUACGCUGCCGCUACUUUCAUUGCCUACUCCGUAGGCAACAUUAUUGGGCCGCUGAUGUUCGACGCGUCGUAUGCACCGCGUUACGAUCAGAGCUUCACCGGCGUGAUGAUCUGCUUCGUCGUUUGCUUCGUGUGCGCCGAGGCCCUUCGUUUCUUGUCCGUGAGGGAAAAUAAGCGGCGAGACGCAAAGUAUGGGGAGCCGGAUGAUGUGCACGGGUUGGAGGAUUACACGGAUCGGGAGAACAAAUCGUUUCGGUAUCAUUUGUGA